GGGCAUUCUCUUCGCCGCUGGCCAUCACAUCUUUUACAAUGGUCUUGACGGAAAGGAAGCCGACAACCAGUCGCGGAUGCUGCGAUAUGGCACUGCGCUGGCUUUCCUCGCCAAGGCGAACCUGGUGACUGCAGUUAUUCUGGCAUUCCGCCAACGCGUGUGGAUGAUGGUCCGGCGCAAGAUCCUCAGCCUCGCAGCCGUCGACUCGCUGUUUGCGGCGGCGGAAGAUCUUACGGCGCUGUUCAACUGGGAGGCCCUGCGCAGUGCGAAGCUGGCCAUGUGCUUGGCCGUGUACAUCUGGUGCACGCCUCUCAUCGUCAUUCUGACGUCCGAGACGCUCUCCGUGACGCCCCAGACGCAAACACUCCGGACGCACUGUCCCGCGAUUCGCACGCUCAACUUUACACACGAAGAGGUCAACGACUGGCGCACGCCCAUCUCCAUCGAGGGCCUAUACGGGCUGUCUGUUUCGCUCUGGAACACCACCACCGACGGGUCCGAGCCCGACCCUCUCAACCCGUAUUCCUUCGACUACUGGACGGAAAGCAGCUCGCAGUUCAAGCAGGUCGCAUGGCGGGCCGCCUAUCUCCAGCAGGCCACUAUGCGAAAGGACGCCCCCGAGCAAAUAUGCGGUGCUGGGUGGAAUUGCUCGUUCGUCAUUGAGUUUGUUGCCCCGGCAUACAAGUGCGAGGAAGUCGCCUCGGGAACUGGCUCCAAGGUUCGGAAGCUCGGAAAGUCCACGGCACCAUUUACGACGGAUGCGAUUAUCCCCGUUGGCAACUACUCGUACCUCGCCGUCACGGGCCAGGGAGACUACGCCGCGCAGCAGAUCGACACCGGGGACAGAGGAAACCCCAAGAUGGAACCGCCGUACCCGGAGAACUUGGGCGCCUUCAGGACCGAACCCAUCAUCUGGAUCGGAUACGCCGACGUCGAGGACCUGUCGCAGCGCCAGCCGCAAAACCGGAGCGUCAAGGGCUGGGAUACGGCGUACACGCCCAAGAUCUUUGGGUGCGAACACUACGAGACCAAAUACACGGUGCAGUUCAACUACACCAGCGGCAUACAGUCCUACAAGGUCAAGAAGCGAGAGUAUCUCAACAAGGUCAUCGACACGAGAUAUAUCCCGGGGCAGUUGGCAAACGACGGCACCAUGGACAAUGUCACGGCCGUGCCGUCGCUCAACUACGUCCGGCCCAAGGAUGUGCAAAAGUACCGGCGCACAGCAGCGUACCAUUCGCUGGGGAGGGUGAUGCGAGACAUCAUCAACGGGACCAUCGCGAUGCCCAACUACGUGGCUGAGACGGACGCCAUUGAGACGCGGCUGAUCGAGAUGCGCAACUACCUGCCGGUCCACAACUUCCUCAAGGAGAUUGAGGAAUUCUACGAGGAAAUCAUCUUUUCCCUGCUGUCGAACCCGCAAUUCCUCGCCGUCUCGUGGGCGCAGGACCCCUCGCAGCCGUCGGGCGUGACGUCGUCGCCGGGUCCCAAGGAGAAGUACCCCUGCAUCCGCUCGCGCACCGCCAACGCCUUCGUGUACCGCAAGGCCGAGCUGUGGGUCGUGUACGCGGUGGCGAUGCUGAUGGCGACGGCGGGCGUCGUGUCCGGGCUGAUUGCGAUCCAGGAGGAGGGCGGCGUGUUCCGCGACAACAAGUUCUCGUCCAUCAUUGCGGCGACGCGCGGGCAGAGCCUCAACAAGGUGCAAUGGGGCGCCGACACGAAGCCCAAGCACGUCAAGGUCGGCUUCGGCAUGGUGCCGUCGUACUCGGGCGAGAAGACGCCGGGCUUUGGGUUGGAAGGCGACGUGUCGCAGGAUCGGGCGAGUAUGGCGCGGUCGCCGGCGAUUCAGAUGAUGGAAUGGGGUGAAAUGGCUACUAAGAAGGUCAAGACCGUGACGGGCUUUGAGAGAAGGUGAUGGAUAUUUGGUUGGGUUGGGUUGGGUUGGAGUUGG